AGGUUGGAGCGCCAAUGUAACGCAACUAUCACAAUUGAAGGGAUAACUAUUCCAAAGGAUGCCAUAGUAACAAUCCCUGUAUAUGCCAUGCAUCAUGAUGCUGAUAUAUAUCCUGACCCUGAAAAAUUCAUCCCUGAAAGAUUCUCUGCUGAGGAAAAGGCAAAGCGCAACCCAUACUAUUUUCAACCAUUUGGACUUGGCCCCAGGUCUUGCAUUGCAUCAAGACUUGGCCAGAUUGAGGUGAAAUUCUGCCUAGUUAAAAUUUUACAGAAACUGAGAAUAAUACCCUGUGAGAAGACAGAGGAUCCAAUCCAGCUAGGACAGGAUGAUGGUGAGCUUCGAGCUAAAAAUGGGAUUUACCUGAAAGUUGAGAGACGUUUAAUGGAUUAACUAGCUAGAGAAGCAUGAAUGAUGAAGACAAAUUAAUAAUGAACCAUCCUAUGACAUCGGAGUUCUGCAAAAUAUUCGAAUUAGACAGGACAGAUAAAUAAAUCUUUAGAUUAAUAGAAUAAAAUAUCUUUGUAAUACCGGAGAGAUAAUGCCCCUGGAAAUUCAUUCACAAGACAAAACAUAAAUGUUGGAAAAUAAUUUAAAGAUUUUAUUUUCACUUCAUUUAUUUGAUUGGCAGAACUAUAAAAAUAUUUAAGAAUUGCAAAUUGUAAAUAACUAAACUACAAACCCUGAGUUUUUAAGAUUGUUUCUGCUACAGCAAUUCAGCAUUGGUUCCCAGCAAAGUGCAACACUUAGAUCUGACAAAUCCAAAGCAUAUAACAAGGUACCUAUUCUAUGUUAAGUCAGUGCAGAGUGUUUCACUUAAAUGAAGCAAUAAGAUGUUUUUGUAACAUUUCAUUUCUCUUUAAAAUUUCUCUUCAAAUGAUGUGC